AUGCUGAAAUUGCUCGACAUCUCUCAUAACCGGCUACGGCACUUACCAAGCCUGGAUGCGCUGAGCCGUCUUGUGGCACUGGACGUCAGCGGGAACCAGUUGGAUCAGCUUCCUCCUUUGCAAGAGCUUCGCCACCUCAAGCUCCUCUGCGUGCUCGACAAUCGUCUUCAAACAUUGUCAGGCAUAAGUGGCUUGACGGGGCUGGAACAGCUGGGCUGCAAAGGGAACCCUCUGCGGGAGCCUCCAAGGAGGGGUCCUGCACAGUGUGACUGCUGUGAGCGCAACACUUCUGCGGUGUGGUGCGGCUCGAUGUCGAUGCCAAGAGCCCAGAGCUAG